AUGGCUACACCGCUCGCAGGCUUCUCUAGCUUGCCUCCAGAGGUAGUCGAACACAUUGUCCUGCUAUCAGCUCAGCCAACCGGCCAGGAAGACGACGUUCUCGCCGCUCGACGCCGCCAACGCCAACUCGAGUCUCUUUCGCUCGUCUGCUCCGACUGGCGACCGAUUGCGCAGAAGGCAUUGCUGGAGGAUGCCGAGGUGGACUUGUUCCAUGCGAGGGAGUUUCGGCCGCUGGCGAGGCUGCUUGCGCGGCGUGAGCAGGGCUUAGGAAAGCUGUUGCGGCGAAUGAGCAUCGAGUUGUGGGGCGAGGAGCAACCAGAGGAGCUCGUGCAGACUGUCCGAGCUUGCAUGGGGCUAGAGGAGCUCGCAUUGGUGCAUAUGGAGCGGCUGCGGAUGGACGAGAUUGCGGCAGGACCGAACCUGGCGUCCGUUUCGCUUCGACAAUGCACACUUGUAUCCUUCUUCUACCCCUCACUCGACCCGCCAGCCGAUCAAUUGCCCCCGUUACUCUCCUACUCCUCCUUGACCCGCCUCGACUUGCGCCUCUGCUCCCUCCGACGAGACUUCCUCCCUUUCUCCUUCGACUCGACGUAUCGUCCAUUUCCCUCGCUCCAGCACCUCCUCGUACACACCGGCUCACACGACCAGUCCCCCACGACGAUCCGCUCACUCGUCCGCUCCGUCGCCGCGCAACUGCGCUCUCUCUCGCUCGACCACACCGCCGAGGAGGUCCUCUACCCUCCUCACACCGACACUACACCUCUCGACUUCCCCACCCUGCGCUGCUACGGCCUCUACUGGGACCCGGCCUACCACUCCCUCGUCGGUUCGUCCCUCUUCACGCACUCGGCAACCCGCUCGCCCCCACCGUUCCUCCACCUCGCCCUGUACCCAGCAGCACUUGACUCGCUCUUGGCGACGCUGGAGAGCCUGUUCAGCAACCGGGAGUUUAGGUGGGCGUGGAGAGGGGUGGAGCAUUUGCGGAUCGAGGGGACGUUGAGGGAUGUGGAUGCGGUGGAGAUGCAGGAGCCUGAUAGUGACGAGGAAGAAGAUGCGGGCGUGAUGGUUGCAGGCGGACGGAUAGACGCGCUCCUCAAGCUGGCGAAAGAAGCGGGAGCGGACGUGCUGGUCGAAGAGCGGGGCGAAGACUCGGGACCCGCUGAACGGGCGACGUUCCGCAGAGGGUUCGGGACGAGUUGGUGGCAGUUUGUACGGGAGGUCGAGGAGGAGAGGGUGCAGUACGCGUCGAGCGUGGAUGCACCGGCUUGA